AUGGUACGUUCAAAAGCUGAGCAAAUCCAGGGGAGCGUCGCUGAUAGCAACUUCGUGGACCAAGAAUGCCUAAAGCAUUUGCGAGUGACGAAUCCAUGCGACGAUAAAGAUCGGAUUGAGAGUGACAAGGGUGGACUGUUGAAAAACUCCUAUCGCUGGAUCCUCGACCAUGUCGAUUUCAAACAGUGGCGAAAUGACCCAGAGAGCCGGCUGCUCUGGAUCAAGGGAGAUCCUGGGAAGGGAAAGACAAUGCUACUGUGCGGAAUCAUCAAUGAACUGAGUGCGUUAACUGAAGGAAACACGACCACGAUAUCUUUCUUCUUCUGCCAGGCGGCUGAACCGAGCAUCAAUAACGCUACGGCGGUUUUACGCGGGCUUCUGUAUCUGAUUCUCAAUAAGCAGCCAGCCUUGAUCCCACAUAUACAGAAAGAGUACGAUCAAGCCGGAAAACAGCUAUUUGAGGGUGUCAAUGCGUGGCAUGCAUUAUCCAGGAUCUUCACCGAUAUCCUGAAAGAUCCGCUCCUACAGAGCACUUAUCUAAUUAUUGAUGGACUCGACGAAUGCACCCACAACCUACCCCUACUUCUCGACCUUGUGUCUGAAACCUCAUCGGCGAAUCCAAACGUCAAAUGGAUUGUCUCCAGUCGUAACUGGACGAUUAUCGAAGAGUCUCUUGAUAAUGUGGAUCAAAAAGUAAGACUUUGUCUGGAGUUGAACGAAAAUCUCAUCUCCGAAGCCGUGAUGAUCUACAUUCACUAUAAGGUUCAGAUAUUGGCAGAGCUGAAGAAAUUCGAUGCGGAACUUCUUGCAGCUGUUCGCUGCCACUUGUUGUCUAACGCACUUGGUACUUUCCUCUGGGUAGCAUUGGUCUGCGAGGAGCUCAAAAAAGGAAAGUCGCGAAACGCCCAUAAGCUGGUGACUGCCUUUCCAGCAGGGCUGAAUCCCUUGUAUGAGCGGAUGUUAGAGCAUGUGCAAAACUCAGAGGAUGCAGUAGAUUCAGAGCUUUGCAAGCGCAUUCUAGCCGUCGUCGCUAUUGUGUAUCGGCCCAUUACUCUUGAAGAACUACCAGCCUUGGUCGAAAUACCUGAUAAUGUUCUCAAAAAAGACAAACAUUUGGCAGAUUUGAUUGCGGACUGUGGUUCUUUUUUGACCCUCCGUGGCCGUACAAUCUGUCCUGUUCACCAAUCUGCAACAGACUUCCUGCUUAAAGAUGCAUCAAACGAGAAGUUUUCCGUUUAUCCACAGGGCGUCGAAGCCAAACAUCAGGAAAUAUUUUUUCGGUCUCUACAGGCCAUAUCCGAGACACUUCGACGCGACAUCUACAGUAUCAAACAUCCUGGAUUUCCGAUCGAACAAGUCAGAGAGCGUACUCCGGAUCCAUUGGCAAUAGUACGAUACUCAUGUGUCUAUUGGGUCGACCACCUGAAGAAUUGUGAUUCCAGCUCAAACACCGAUCAGGGCCUCCAAGUAGGUGGCGCCGUGGAUGAUUUCCUCCGGGAGAAAUAUCUCCAUUGGAUCGAGGCCUUGAGCCUUCUCAAAAGCCUUUCUGAAGGCAUAGCGGCGAUGGUCAAGCUUGAUAGCUUACUCCAGGUCAAAAAAGGCAUUUCACAGGCACUUUUGAAGCGAGUCGGUGAUGCGUCUCGAUUUAUCCAAUACCAUAGGGUGGCGACGGAGAGCAGCCCCCUUCAAGUAUACAGCUCGUCGCUGAUUUUUAGCCCAACCCAGAGCAUAACUAAAAUUUGCUAUCAAACGGAGAGACCAGACUGGCUUGUGAAUGAAUCAGCGAUGGCGAAAGAUUGGAGUUCAUGCCUUCAAACCCUCGAGAGGCAUAGCGCCUACGUCACGUCAGUUGCCUGGUCGCCGGAUGGAAGACUCGCAUCAGGGUCACAUGAUGAGACCGUCAGGAUCUGGGACCCAGUCACUGGCCAGUGCACAUCAACCCUCGAGGGGCAUAGCGACUGGGUCAGGUCAAUUACCUGGUCGCCGGGUGGGAGCCGACUCGCAUCAGCAUCACGUGAUGAGACCGUCAGGAUCUGGGACCCAACCACUGGCCAGUGCACAUCAACCCUCGAGGGGCAUAGCGCCUACGUCACGUCAGUUGCCUGGUCGCCGUAUGGAAGCCAACUCGCAUCAGCGUCAGAUGAUGAGACUGUCCGGAUCUGGGAUCCGCUCACUGGCCAGUGCACAUCAACCCUCGGGGGGCAUAGCAGCUCCGUCUUGUCAGUUACCUGGUCGCCGGAUGGAAGACGACUCGCAUCAGCGUCACGUGAUGGGACCGUCAGGAUCUGGGACCCAGUCACUGGCCAGUGCACAUCAACCCUCGAGGGGCAUAGCGACUGGGUCAGGUCAGUUGCUUGGUCACCGGAUGGACGCCGACUCGCAUCAGCGUCACGUGAUGAAACCGUCAAGAUCUGGGACCCGCUCACUGGCCAGUCCACAUUAACCCUCGAGGGGUAUAGCAGCUCUGUCUUGUCAGUUGCCUGGUCGCCGGAUGGAAGACGUCUCGCAUCAGCGUCACGUGAUGGGACCAUCAGGAUCUGGGACCCAGUCACUGGCCAGUGCACAUCAACCCUCGAGGGGCAUAGCGACGAAGUCAGGUCAAUUGCCUGGUCGCCGUGUGGAAGCCGACUCGCAUCAGCGUCAGAUGAUAAGACAGUCAGGAUCUGGUACCCGGUCACUGGCCAGUGCACAUCACCCCUCGAGGGGCAUAGUGGGUCCGUCUUGUCAGUUGCCUGGUCACCGGAUGGACGCCGACUCGCAUCAGCGUCAGAUGAUAAGACCGUCAGGAUCUGGGAUCCGCUCACUGGCCAGUGCACAUCAACUCUCGAGGGGCAUAGCAGCUCCGUCUUAUCAGUUGCCUGGUCGCCGGAUGGAAGACGACUCGCAUCAGCGUCAGAUGAUAAGACCGUCAGGAUCUGGGAUCUGGCCACUGGCCAGUGCACAUCAACACUUGCUGCGAAUUCUCCUGAGGGUGUUCAAUUUGAUGAAGCGGGUUUGAAUCUUCUGUAUACUAGUGUUGACACAUUCAAUUUUGAAAAUGUUGUCCCCAUGAAGACCUCCUUUGACCAUUCGGCUACCCUGCCACAUCAAACAGGGUAUGGCUUUAAUGACGACCGCACCUGGAUAAACUAUAAAGGAGAAAAUCUUCUAUGGUUGCCCUCAGAGUUUCGGCCGGCCGUUUUCUCAACAUCAACCAUAUCUUCAAAUAUGGCAAUCGGCUGUUCAUCAGGUCGUGUUUUGAUCUUCACUUUCUCGAAGGAAUCCCAUGUCCUAAACCCACAAAAUUCAAAACGACUUUCCAAGCCUGGCCGACGUCGUAGGCGCACAAUCUUGUCGCGCCUCUUUAGCAGAAAGUAG